AUGUCCAGAGUGAAGGCCUCUCAUUGUGUCAUUGGAGAAGGGAAGCUGUUCCUGUUUGGGGGGUUUGACGAAGAUGACAAGCUGGACGGGUACGUCUACGUGCUCGACACCACGAGCAGCAGAUGGGAUUCUCGUCCGGGGCAUGUCUAUCGUGAGGGACACUCUGCUGUAUACAUCGGCGAUGGCAAGGUGCUGAUAUAUGGAGGGUGUACGAGUGACGUUACAGAGAGACAGGAGGAGUUCCACGGAGAAGAGAUGCUACUUUACAACACGGUGACGUGCACUUGGGAGGCUGUGGAGCAGAACGGGACUCCUCCGAAGCCGAGAUCAAGACAUGCUGCGACUCUGUCCACCAAUGGUGAAUUCAUGUUCAUAUCUGGAGGGCUGAAGCCCGAGAAAUUGGAGCCUUAUGAUGAUAUGUUUGCCUUCCAUAUACCAACUUCGACGUGGGGUGAACCAAGCCAAUUUAUAGGGAGAUUUGACCACAGUCUGGUCCACCAGGGCGAUAAGCUAUGGGCAUUUGGUGGGUUCAACAAGGAAACCGCACGUAUCUCGGAACUCACGUGGUUUGACCUCAAGACCUAUACGACAGGGACCACUCUGAUACACCAGGCUCAAAAGGAUGACAUCUCUCAUAUCUUUGUCCAAACAGGCAAUCCAGAUUUUGUCCUUGAUGUUGUUGUGCCUUCAUGGUCGUGGGAACGCGUGAAUCCAUGGGUCGGCGUAUACGACUUGAGGAAUCUGAGGCAUAAAGUGGUUAUAUCACCAAACCUGAGCUAUUUGUUGAACCACACGUGGAAGAUCAGCUUCUUCACAAAUGGCCGGCUUUACCUCGUGGGAUACGCAUUGACAGAGGAAACCAUGGAUGCCACGUACGACUACGAGCUAUCCCACAUUCUGUCCAUAAACUUCUCAGAGCUUUGCUCCAAACAGCACAGUGGCUCAUGGACCUCUGAUUUCGCCAAACUGCUCUUCGAUGAAAAGUUCAGUGACUACAAGAUCUAUGGAUUAUCACAGAACAACAGACUAGCUCGUUCUGACAUACCGUUUGAAGAGCUCGAGUCCUUUAAAUCGGAGCCAAUACCCGUGCAUAAGCUAAUAUUGUAUUCCAGGUGGCCUCACUUUGAGAUGAUUGAGAACAGUGGGAUGGCAGAAUCACAGGUUGGCUCAUUAUUUAUACCUGAGCCGGUGAAAUGGGUGAAGGCCUUCAUAGAGUAUCUCUAUACAAACGACGUACAUGAUAGAUCCACCGAUAUUGUCACUGGGCUGCUGAUACUGAGUAACGUUUACAGAUUGCCUGAAUUGAGAGAAAAGGCAUUAUCGUGGCUCAAUCCUAUACCCAUGGAACUUGGUGAGGUGUUGAUGGUUUUGAGCAGGGCUAGGAUCGCACAAGAGGAGAUCAUUGCACAUAACGCAGCGAUGAUCUGUCUGCAGAACUGGGGUGAACUGGUCCGUACAGAGGAAUUUGCACAGCUAGAUAAAGAGGAUAUCAUUUCCCUAUGCCAAUUGGCCUCUCCAACGUCGUCAAUUGUUGACACACCUGAGUCAGCACAGAAGACAAGGGAAAGAAGUGCUGAGCUCUGCAACAGAGGAGACCAUGGCACAGUUAAUGUCGACUCAUUCCCUGUGAGCUUUGCCUAUCGCAACAGCGUCAUGUUGAACGAUAACUGGAUAGAGUCAGGGUCUCAUUAUUCAACAGCUACCUCGUUGGAAUCUGAGGAAAGGUGA